GAGCACACUGAUUCAAAGUAAGGAGAGGGCAGGUAUAAGAUAGCUAAACUGGAAACAAAGAAAAAAAGCCUAGUCAGACAAAGUCAAUCAUUCAAAAGUUACAACCCAUUUCAUCAGUGGCCAGGUAGGCCAUGGGAAGGGCUCCAUGUUGUGACAAAUCCAAUGUGAAAAGAGGGCCUUGGUCUCCUGAUGAAGAUGCCACCCUCAAAAACUACCUUGAGAAACAUGGCACAGGUGGUAACUGGAUAGCUCUCCCCAAAAAAGCAGGCCUUAAGCGUUGUGGGAAGAGCUGUCGUCUAAGAUGGCUAAACUAUCUCAGGCCUCAUAUUAAGCUUGGAGGUUUCACUGAAGAGGAAGACAAAAUUAUCUGCACCCUUUAUGACACCAUCGGAAGCAGGUGGUCCUUUAUAGCAGCUCAACUUCCCGGGAGAACAGACAAUGAUGUGAAAAAUCACUGGAACACCAAGCUAAAGAAAAAGUUCUUGGCAGGAAACACAAGUAGUACUGCUGCCACGACAAGCAACAACAAUGUCACUUUCAGCAAUACUAGUUAUUCUGAUCAAGUUAAGACCCUUGUCUUGGAUCAUCAAAAACUGAACUCAGCUGAUAAUUGGUUUGACUACUCCUACAAUGUUUUGGAAUUGGAACAAACACCAAUUCCAGUUCCUUUUCCAAUGUCUCAGGAAUUAGAGGCUUUUAAUUAUACUGCUGGGAGUAUAAGUUGUAGUGCACCACCACCCUCUAAGGAAGUUUCAAUGCUUUCCAAUGCAGACAAUCAUACGCUAUGGUUUGGUUAUGACCAUGCAAGUGAAGAUGAUCCAAAUUUGCUUGAGUUUGUGCUUGAUGAUGAUCUGCUGAAUCAUGGAUUUGUUUCUCAAGACAAAAGCUGCAGCCAAGUUGGUCCACCAUCUGGCUAAUUAACCAAGAUCACUCAUUCUUUCUACUCGUCAAAAACUUGAAAAAACCAAGGCUACAGAAAAUAAAGGUAAAAUGGAAUAUUGAUCAAGUUAUUAUAGUAUAGUACUAGUGAUGAAUUAUAUACCUCUAAAUCUAACUGGUGUUUAAAUUUGUGAUUAAAGUGGUUGGUUGAAUGUGGAAUUGUGUGAGUUUCUGAAUUGUUUUCAAAGUUGAGGAUUGUGAUGUUAUUAGAAGUA